UUUCCCGCACCAAGUUAAGCAUGAGCAUCACCGAGAGCACCAAGCCCGCCGACGCGACGCCCGUCGACGCGACGCCCGUGGCCGCCAACUACUACGAUAAGGACGUGGCCUUUGCGGCGCCGGCGCCGCAGGUCGUCAUCGUGCAGCCCACCGUGGUCAUGCAGGCGGCGCCCGUCGACCACAACGGCCUCGUCGUCGGUCGCUGGAAGGCCGACAUUUGCGGCUGCUUUACGGACCUCGUGCCUAACUGCUGCAUGGCCUACUGGUGCCCGUGCGUCUCGCUCGCCCAAAUCGUCCACCGCGUCGGCCUCUACACGUACACGAAUGCGCUCAUCGUGCUCGCCGUCAUCUUUGGCGGGUCGUACGUCACGACCGGCUUCUCGGGCUACUUUCGUGACACGUCGUGCACGUACUACAGCGGCGGCCUCACGCUCUGCGCGACGACCAUGUCCUUCUGGGGCUACAUCUCGUCCGUGUGCGCGAUCGUGUCGGUCGCGAUCAUCAUGCUCGCGCGCAUGAAGAUCCGCGGCAUGUUCCAGAUUCCGGGCAACGCGUGCGAAGAUUGCCUCUGCGCCUUUUUCUGCAGCUGCUGCUCGGUCGCCCAAAUGGCCACGCAAACCGACUCGUACACGCCCAACGACUGCAACUUUGGGCCCAAGGAGACGCUCCGCGGCUACGUCCUUGCCUAAGUGUAUGCAUGUAGUAUACCCAAAAGCAGCAUCUCCAUGCUCAAAUCGACAAGUCAUCUUGCC